CCCGGGCACACGGUAGUGCCGGCAGGGCGGGCAGCGGAGCAGGGGCAGCUUUGGGGUGACCCCUGUGGCAGGAGGUCAGGCAGCAGAGCAGGGGCAGCUUUGGGGUGACCCCUGUGGCAGGAGGUCGGGCAGCAGGUUUGGGGUGACCCCUGGGCUGGAGAUGAGCAGCCCCCCGGCGUUCUCCAGCGUCCGCAUCUCGGGCUGCUGGGCACUGGGCCCGGAUGGCGGCAGCAGCAGUGCUGAGUCCUUGGACCGUCUGUACCCCUCGGUGGGCUCCAGCAAGCCGCCCCGCAAACGGACCACGAGCCAGUGCAAGUCUGAGCCCCCCCUGCUGAGGACCAGCAAGAGAACCAUCUACACAGCUGGGAGGCCCCCCUGGUACAAUGAGCACGGGACACAGUCCAAGGAGGCCUUUGUCAUAGGCCUGGGAGGAGGCAGCGCCUCUGGGAAGACCACAGUGGCCACCAUGAUCAUUGAGGCUCUGGAUGUCCCUUGGGUGGUUCUGCUGUCCAUGGACUCCUUCUACAAGGUGUUGACCAAGCAGCAGCAGGAGCAGGCAGCCAGCAAUGACUUCAACUUCGACCACCCCGAUGCCUUCGACUUCGACCUCAUCAUCGCCACCCUGAAGAAGCUGAAGCAAGGCAAGAGCGUGAAGAUCCCCAUCUACGACUUCACCACCCACAGCAGGAAGAAGGAAUGGAAAACCCUCUAUGGUGCCAACGUGAUCAUCUUUGAAGGCAUCAUGGCAUUUGCUGACAAGGAGCUCCUGAAGCUCCUUGACCUGAAGAUCUUUGUGGACACGGACUCGGACAUCCGCUUGGUGCGGCGCCUGCGCCGGGACAUCAGCGAGCGCGGCCGGGACAUCGAGGGGGUCAUCAAGCAGUACAACAAGUUUGUCAAACCUGCCUUUGACCAGUACAUCCAGCCCACCAUGAGGCUGGCCGACAUCGUCGUCCCCAGAGGGAGUGGAAACACAGUGGCCAUCGACCUGAUCGUUCAGCACGUGCACAGCCAGCUGGAAGAGAGGAAGCUGCGCUGGGAUAUGGCCGCCCUGGCCUCUGCCCACCAGUGCCACCCUCUUCCUCAGACCCUCAGUGUGCUGAAGAACACCCCUCAAGUGAGGGGCAUGCACACCAUCAUCAGAAACAAGGAGACCAGCAGGGAUGAGUUCAUUUUCUACUCCAAGAGGCUGAUGCGGCUGCUGAUCGAGCACGCGCUGUCCCUGCUGCCCUUCCAGAGUUGCACAGUCCAGACCCCUCAGGGACAGGACUAUGAAGGGAGGACGUACAGCGGGAAGCAAAUCACCGGCGUGUCCAUCCUGCGCGCGGGGGAGACCAUGGAGCCGGCGCUGCGCGCAGUCUGCAAGGACGUCCGCAUCGGCACCAUCCUCAUCCAGACCAACUGCCACACGGGCGAGCCCGAGCUCCACUACCUGCGGCUGCCGAAGGACAUCAGCGAGGACCACGUCAUCCUGAUGGACUGCACCGUGUCCACGGGCGCCGCUGCCAUGAUGGCCGUGCGGGUGCUGCUGGAUCAUGAUGUCCCGGAAGACAAGAUCUUCCUCCUGUCCCUGCUCAUGGCAGAGAUGGGUGUCCACUCGGUCGCCUAUGCCUUCCCCCGCGUGAAGAUCAUCACCACGGCCGUGGACAAGAAGGUGAACGACCUUUUCCGGAUAAUCCCCGGCAUUGGGAACUUCGGCGAUCGGUACUUCGGGACGGACGCUCCUCCCGACUGGAGCGACGAUGAGGAUGCUCUGAGCACUUAGCUGGAUGUGGAGGUGGCCCUGGGAUGAGGAUGCUCUGAGCACUUAGCUGGAUGUGGAGGUGGCCCUGGGAUGAGGAUGCUCUGAGCACUUGGCUGGAUGUGGAGGUGGCCCUGGGAUGAGGAUGCUCUGAGCACAGGCAGCUUCAGCCCCGCACCUUAACCCCCUCUCUCCAUGGCAGAUUUCUCCUCCCUCCUCACCCCAAGCAUAGAUAUUUUUUUUGAACCUUACUUUGGAAAUCUAGGGCAUAUUUUUUCACAGAAACACAAAUCCCAGGUUGACUUUUGUGUCCCACCGUAGAGCAGAGUUAAUUUAUUUUAAUUUAAAGAUUUGCCUAUAUAUAACUUAUUGCAGAUAUUUUAUAAAGAAAAAAAGAAUAAAUUUUUUCUGUGGU